AUGGCGCGGCAGCUGGCCCGGGAGCAGGGCAUCACCCUGCGCGGCAGCGCCGACAUCGUGGCCGAGUUCUUCUCGUUUGGCAUCAACAGCAUUCUGUAUCAGCGCGGCAUCUACCCGUCCGAGACCUUCACCCGCGUGCAGAAGUACGGCCUCACCCUGCUGGUCACCACGGACCCCGCGCUCAUGCAGUACCUGAGCAACGUGGUGGAGCAGCUGAAAGACUGGCUGUACAAGUGCUCGGUGCAGAAGCUGGUGGUGGUCAUCUCCAACAUCGAAGACGGGGAGGUCCUGGAAAGGUGGCAGUUUGACAUUGAGUGCGACAAGACGGCCAGAGAGGACAGUGCGCCCAGAGAGAAGUCUCAGAAAGCCAUCCAGGACGAGAUCCGCUCGGUGAUCAGACAGAUCACGGCCACCGUGACCUUCCUGCCGCUGCUAGAAGCUUCCUGUUCCUUUGACCUGCUGAUCUACACAGACAAAGACUUGGUUGUCCCUGAAAAGUGGGAAGAGUCUGGACCCCAGUUCAUUGCCAAUUCCGAGCAAGUCCGCCUGCGUUCCUUCACGACGACCAUCCACAAAGUGAACAGCAUGGUGGCCUACAAGAUCCCUGUCACCGACUGA